CGCCACGGCCCGGCCAUGGCUCUGAACGGGGCGCGGAAGGACCGCCCCCGGGGCGGUGCCGGCCUCUGCUCCGGAACCACUCUCUGGCGGUCUGGGGCCAGCAUGUCUGCCUCCUCUUCCAGAAGGAAGAGCAAGGGGCGCUCGGCUGCGGGAGGUGGCUCCCCACAAGAUGCUCCCCUCGGAWCUGCCGCGGCUGGGCCGCUAACGCUACGCGUCGCCGAUGCCGUGGAGGCAGGAGAUGACAAAGUCCCGAAGAUGCUGCGCAGAGCGCUGGCGCAGCUGUCACUGAGCAGYAUGAAGUCUGCGGAUCUCUGCAUAGGGCGGCCGGCCCUGCUCACGUCCGCUGAUGGGCGGCAGGAGGUCUGCACUGCUUGGCCCACUGCAGGCUUUCCAGGUGGGAAGAUUGGGCUGCAUGAAACCACACAGAAGAGCCUGAAAGUAAAUCCUGGCGAUGUUGUCACUGUGCAGCCUGUGACUGGUGCAGUCAUCCAGGCAGAGGAAGUCGAUGUAAAGUUGAGGGACAAAGAUGCCACGGUUAAUGCUGAGGAAAUGUCUGUCUGUCUGCUGAGAAACCUUGAUGGGAAAAUAGUACUACCAGGAAACCUCUUGGCUUUCACUUACUAUGGCAAACUUUGCAACAUUGUGGUGAUGAAAGUGAAGGGGACUGAUGGUGCAGAGCUGAUUGCCCAGGGCAGUGCCAUUCCUAGUGAUUCCAAUGAGGCAGACCUUGAGAGAUCUGAUUUGGAGACAAGUGCCUUAGAUUUGUCCUUACAGCUCAGCAGGAUGGAUAUUGGUGAUGGUCCAGAGGUUGUUUCCAUGAGCACCCCGAACAAAGCCAUGGAUCCAGGCUCAGCGGUCACACCCAGCGGUCCGGAAUCCAGCGAGGGAGAUGGUGCAGACCUCACUCGGGAUUUGGAWCUGGCUGGGAAAGGCAGCAAUGAAGGACUCCCACUAACAGGCCAGAUUGGAGCMGUGAGCAAUACAGAUUGUUUUUACUUCAUUUCUUCAAGAACUAAACUCAAUUUUAUUGAACCAAGGACCAGUGUAGCAGCAGAUGGCGAGUGGGAGUCCCGGGUCACCUAUGACAUGAUAGGAGGUUUAAGCAGCCAGCUSAGAACUAUCAGAGAAACAGUUGAACUGCCCUUGAAGCAACCUGAACUGUUCAAGAGUUAYGGGAUCCCUCCUCCUCGGGGAGUGCUGUUCUAUGGCCCUCCAGGAACUGGGAAGACCAUGAUUGCCAAGGCCAUUGCCAAUGAGGUCGGCGCUCACGUUACUGUUAUUAAUGGCCCUGAAAUAAUAAGCAAAUUUUAUGGGGAGUCUGAGUCRAGGUUACGUCAGAUAUUCGCUGAGGCUUCUGUCCGUCGGCCCUCAAUUAUAUUUAUAGAUGAGUUGGAUGCRCUGUGUCCAAAGAGAGAAGGGGCUCAGAAUGAAGUGGAAAAGAGGAUUGUUGCUUCAUUGCUGACAUUAAUGGAUGGCAUUGGCUCAGAAGGCAGUGAAGGGCAGCUGUUGGUCCUUGGGGCCACCAAUCGCCCCCAUGCCCUGGAUGCAGCACUGCGCAGGCCAGGGCGUUUCGAUAAGGAGAUCGAAAUUGGAAUUCCCAAUGCCCAGGACCGGCUGGACAUACUGCAGAAGCUUCUCAAGAAAGUUCCCCAUUCACUCACAGCAGAGCAGUUGGUGCAACUGGCUGAUAGUGCACAUGGUUAUGUGGGUGCAGACUUGGCAGCCUUGUGCAAGGAAGCAGGUUUGUAUGCCCUGCGGAGAGCCCUGGGGAAGAGGCCCAACCUGUUAGACACCGAGGUGGCUGGGUCAGUGAUGAUUGCUUUCAAUGACUUCCUGCAGGGGAUGAAUGAUGUCAGGCCCAGUGCCAUGAGGGAGGUGGCAAUUGAUGUGCCAAAAGUAUCUUGGUCAGACAUAGGAGGACUGGAAGAARUCAAGCUGAAAUUGAAGCAGGCAGUUGAAUGGCCUCUCAAACAUCCCGAGUCCUUCAUCCGCAUGGGGAUCCAGCCUCCCAAAGGUGUCCUGCUUUAUGGACCUCCUGGGUGCUCAAAAACCAUGAUAGCAAAAGCUUUGGCCCAUGAAAGUGGCCUCAACUUCUUGGCAGUAAAGGGGCCUGAGUUGAUGAAUAAAUACGUUGGUGAGUCUGAACGAGCAGUGAGAGAGAUCUUCAGGAAAGCCAGAGCAGUGUCUCCUUCMAUUCUUUUCUUUGAUGAAAUAGAUGCCUUGGCAGUUGAAAGGGGAAACUCUUCAGGUGCUGGAAAUGUAGCAGACCGUGUCUUGGCACAGUUGCUGACGGAAAUGGAUGGGAUAGAACAGCUGAAGGACGUGACAAUUUUGGCAGCUACGAACAGACCGGACAUGAUAGACAAGGCCUUGCUGAGACCGGGGCGAAUAGACAGAAUUAUCUAUGUGCCAUUGCCCAAUGCAGCCACUCGCAGGGAAAUCUUCAAGCUCCAUUUCAAGUCCAUGCCAGUCAGUGAUGAAGUCUGCUUGGCUGAGCUCGUGGAGCGCACACAGAAGUACUCGGGAGCAGAGAUAGCAGCAGUCUGUAGGGAAGCAGCUCUCCUAGCUCUCCAGGAAGACAUCCAUGCCAAAUCUGUCACAGGCCAGCACUUCCGGAGUGCGCUGACGGUCGUGAGCCCGAGGAUUCCCGACUCAUUAAUCCAGUUUUAUGCAGAUUACCAGCAGCAAAGUGGACUGCACRCGCUCUGAAAGGCAAAUUAAUACAUACCCCAUUCACUGUGUGAAUGGCAAAUUUCCUUUGUAAAGCUGUCAGAGGCCAAAGAGUUUUGUACUGUGAGUGAGCGGAACAUCCGGAGUUAACUGAGAUGCAGAAUUGCUGUAAUAAAAAUCCUCGUGGAUUUUGAGUGUUGAGUGUCACAAAUAUUGUCAUAAACAUUAGAUUUUACCAUUUCAGUGGUAUAACCUGCAUUUUAGAAGUAGUCAGAUUUCUGGUCUAAGUCAGUUUAUCUCAGACCACAUUCAUGUAUCCAGAAAAUUCAGAUUCUGAUAGUUGGAUGGAUUCGUGGUCCUAAAGAAGCAACAUAUGAUGUUACUGCCUUCAUUUGUUCCUGCCUUGAUCACAGUUUAAUCCCAAGGACCAUCCUGAGGUGCAGACCUGUGGAGUGGCCUCACUACAAAAAAUGCUGAAAAUUAUUGUGAAUCUUUUGAUUUAUGCUCUCCAGUAAAGCUGCCAAACAGGCUUUCCAAGAUAAAGUUAAGGCAUCCGGAUUGAUUGCAGCCAAACAUUUAUCUUUGGUCUUUACCAACUCCUUUUUAGACAUACUGGCAAGCAGGCAUCUUAAAAACUGCCCACCCCUUGACUUACCUGAACCCAGUGCCAGGUGCCAGCAAAAGAUUUCUGUUGUUGGUGUUUAUUUCCAUCAAAAUAAACAGGAAUGUUGAUAAAUAAAUAGGUAUUUUAAUUGAAUACUAAUUAAUGAAUAAGGAAACCUCCUUGCAAAAACUGUUGUGAAUGACCAUGAAAUACUUCAGGGACAGACAGAUAAAAUCUUCUCAAGUUGUUUCUUCAUUAUAUCAUCUGUUGAAACAAUAACAGGUCCUUGUGGGCUCUCUGCUCUUGCAGUUAAGCAAACUAAUAUUUAGUUUUUUUCCCCGCAGCAGAAAGAUUGAGCUUUUCUAGUCCAGACAUAAAAAGUUGAGGGAAAGAUUAACCAAAACCRACACAAACUUCAACAGCAAGGUAAUUUCUUCACCUUGAUUCUGGUUUUCCUCUUUUUAUUUAGUUCCACAGCAUCCACAUUUUGUAGCUUUUAAACUGAAAUCUAUUAUUUUUAAAUGACAGCUUUUUUAUUACUGUUAUGCUAACCUAUUGUUGCUGUAAUUAGCAUUUAAUWUUAUUAUUGCCAACAAGGAUUAGAGGAUGAGGAAAAGGGGGUCUUUAUUUAGUUCAGCUGAUGUGUGUGAAGCUUUUCUGUUUGACUCUUUAAUAGUACAGCAGAUAGAGGGAAGGGAAACUGGAAAAGUUGCCUUGGGGAUCAAGACUGCAUUUGAAACUACUUUAUCCUUAUUUUCUAAUUCUGCAUACUCCAACUUGGACCUCAGAAUGUGAACCAUUCAUCAUAACCAUUAAACUUUUGAGGUUUUCAGAAAUUAAAUGCCAUACCUUUAUCCCCUGGCACUUUACUCCAGUGUCUGCUKCUGAAGGGAGGAAAGAGAGACUGCAAUUUUUAUUGCCAAUAAUGAAUUCUAUUUGUGAUUUUGUAGCCUAAAAAUAACACCACUCCAGGUGAUGUUCAAACUAGAUGGCCAGUCCCUGGGAAGUGCUCAGGUUUAUUGGGAACAUGCACCAAGGARUGAAUGUGAACUGAGAACCUAGAAGAGAGGCAGGUGGGAACUGGCUGCCUUUUCCCUUUGUGGACUCCUGCUGCCCAUUGAAUUUUAGGACAUGAGGAGAGAAUGCUGGCCCAUGUCUGCUAUUUGURCCUURGGAAAAAAUCCCAUCCCUGCAAACRUUUAUCCUUGUACCUGUAUGUUACCACAUUUAUCCACAGGGUCCCAAAUCUCGUGGUACACACCUGCAUGCCUGAAGUGCUUUUAAAUGCAGGAAGCUUCCAUUUUUGUGCUUGGGUUUGUGAAAUUUGAUUUUUUCAAAAACUAAGUUAUUCUUUGAAAAAAAAAAAACAAUUACAAAUUUGUGGAGUCCCUAGGAGGUGUCUGUUGCUCCCAAAAAACUGUUUGGAAACCUAUGCCAGUCUGAUGCCAGUCAGGUACUUACUCUGUCCCAAGCCACUGAUAAAUUGAGAUUUAAAGGAAGGUAUACUUGUUUCCCUGUCUGUUUACUAAGGACAGAUCACUGUUAAUGUGGAUAAGCAAAUUGAAACCCACUUAUCAGAAUUCUGGAAAAUGGCUGAAAAUUCAGUUUUGUUAAAAACAUAGGGGCAGCAUAGCCCUUUCAUCAUGCAGCUUGGUGAGAGCUGAGCACCCUGAGCCUCUCGUUGGAACUUACUGAUGAGGGCACUGUAGGACAGAGCACUCCAGGACCAUCUCCUGUCAUUUACAGGARCUGGUUUUAGUUCAGAGCCAACUGCUCUCAACGUGUUCUGCUGAACACCUCGUGCCUUUGCAUCGACUCAGAUCUCUUGCACUGUGAGCCCAUAAAAGCCCAAACACCUCUGUGUUACACAGCAGCUCAAAGAUAGAGGCACUCUCUCUUCUGCUGGAUGUUGUUGUUGYGUUUCCAUGAGAUUUGAUUUUAAUAAAAGCAUUUUGAGGCUCAGUGAACCUCAGCGGAGAAGACAUCUGAGAAGAACAUCUCURUCCCAUCCUCUCUUUAGCUGCUUGGACAUACUUCUUUACCUUCUUUAAAAACAUCGUCUUUUUCCUGCCUGCUGUUAUCUUUUGGAGCCAGUUUUUGGCCCAAAUACUGCUUGAGUUGCAGAAUUGUUAACAUUAAAUCAACUUUUCAACAUUUCAGGCACAUUUGUUUAAAUACAAAAAUCUACCUUUUUCCUCCAAUACAAACCUCAAGCAAAAUGGCAUAAAAUGUCUUUUGACAGUUUGGCCAGAAAUGACCAGUAGAGUAUUUAUGAUCAAAAUGCAAAAUUGUCUUCACUUAACUUGAAAAAAAGUUCGGUCCUGUGUUCUGCCUAAUGCAUGAAACAGAUUUUUCACUGCAAGUUCGAUAUACAGUUCUUAAUCCUGGAAGAAAGAAUGAGGUUUAUUGUGGAUAAUUUUCCUGCAACCUCUGAAUGAGAGCAGAAUGUAAGCUCAGGUUCAAGGGCAGACAUCAGUGACAGAAUAAAAGAAACUUAUUUCAAGGAUAGUUUUUCAAAAUCAUUGAAUUUAGACUUGUCAGCACUUUCAAUUAUUAUAUCCUUAAAGUUGAUUUUUGUGGAUUCUGUAUGCUGGCUCUUCCCUUUCAGCUUCUUUACUCAUUUUAAAUGUCAARGUGUGGUGAUUCCCCUCUGGAAGCUGGGCAUGUGCCAAACAUAAUGCUGCUGGAACUGGGCACCUAUGGAAGCCUGGGAGUGAUGUUUCCUGGUGAAGCAGGGCUCAGACUCUGCUGAUGGGGUGUGGAGAAGGGACAAGUGGAAGCCAAAUCUGGUGCUUUGCCRUGUGGUGCCCAGGAAGAUGAAGUUCAGUGAUGGACACAAGUUGGUGGGCAGGAGAACUGUGGGCUGAGAACUGUCCCUCAUUAUUGCACUUAGGGCCAUGAGGAGCCUGGCCUGAAGGAUUUUGGCUGUUUCUGGCUCUGCCAGAGAAAGCAACAGAUGUGUGGGUGAGCACUAGAAAUUAGUGCUAGAAAUACCCAUGUUCAAGGGUUGUGGUAUCCUAGCAUGUAGUGCUGGAACUUCGGAGGAAUUGGACCUGGAAGAGAAAGAGUCACCUGUUGGAAGGUGUCACAACCUUGGCAAAAGGCCCUGAAAUAAUUAGUAAAGAACAGGCACAAAGACCUUGCCUUGCUUCCUGUGAUCCCAAAGUUGGGAUAAAAGUGCAUGUGCUUGCAUUCACACUCCGGAGCCUUGAGAUUACUGCUGGGCUGAUGCGGUCUGGGGCAUGGGAAGUGGUUUGCAGUGGGAUACAUUUAGAAACUUGCUUUUACAUUGUGACCCUUUUGUAUUUGUAUUUAACAUCGUUGCUACGGUUGUAGGCAAUUGCAGUAAUUUUUGUCUCYUGGGAAUGCCAAAAUCUUUGGCUUUUGCUGAUGCCCUUUUUGCCUUGACAUGGAAGGCAAUACCACGGGUGGUCUGAUGUGUGCACUUGGGUAAGGAGCUUUGCUGAGGGAGUAGGUGCAAGAGGCAGAAUUGCUGUUGUGGUAUGCCAUGUUUUGCCCGUCUGGCAGGUCAACAUCUGGAAGACAAAUAUUUCAGCUGAAACCUACUCCUAAUCCUGAGCUUUGUGUCCACUCCUUCCACAAGUGCUCCUGUUCAUUUAUUAACCUCCUCUGCUGAAAACUCAGCCGCACGUUUUCACCAGGCCUUUGUGUGUUCUGGGUUAAACAUUUUAAACGGUGUCAUUCUUCCACGCAGACCUAAAUCCAACAGYUCCAGAGGCCCUGAUAGGAGAAGGAGAUGUGUGUUUUCUCUGUUAACUGGCCUGCCAAGGACAGGAGGGAUGAGGGGGAGAGAGCCCCGCUGUGUUUGUGUGGCAGGACUCCAGCRAGAGCGCAGGUGUUGCUAGAGGAGGCAAUGGCAACCAGAUGACAUUCCUUCCCCUUGGAACUAGCAUGGAGCCAUUGCUCAAACUGACUGUGGAUCCAGCAGCUGGACUCAAUGAUCUUAAAGGUUCAUUUCCAACCUAAAUGACUCUGUGAUACUCUUCCAACAAAACUGAAGGCUCGCGUGCUGUCUGUGUGUGCCUGCGUAAAAUCCAUGGCAGUAAAGCUUGGGUUCCUAUAAAUAAAAGAUUAGGGGAGUAGAAUCACUCUUGGCAACCAUUGGGAAGACACUAGAAGAUGGUCCAGACAGUGAUUUGUCCCAGCUGAGAGCUGAACUACCUUUCUGGAGGUGCUGAGGGGGCAGCUGAUGUCAGGAGGGGUCCUCAGCACUUACCUAGAGCAAGUACCUUGAGGGAGAUGGAAAGAAUUGAGAGCAGCAACCCUCAAUAUAUUGAGAAAAAUAUUUUAUCAACUUGUGCAAAUAGAUCCUGUUUGCAUAAAUGGUUCUGGAAAAGCUGUUGAUCUCUUCCUYUCUCACCUGUGUGUGUGGCAUUAACCAGGCACCCCAGGGAUUUUUUUAUCUCUUUUGCUAACACUGAGGAGUUUUCACAUCCCUGUUUGGUAAAAUGGCUCUGCAUCAGCCAAGUGUGGAAAGGGCUUUGAUAACGUUCAAGGUGAAACACUUGUCAGCUCUCACUUUAUCCAGGAACGGAUUAUCUGGGCUGUGGAAUAAUGAGGUCAUGUCUUUCCUCCACACCGCUGGCAAGAGCUUCGGAUUUCACACAGGGGCAGCUGCUUACACCGAGCCUGCUCUGCUYUAAUGCCUUUAAAGCUACCCUGCUUCCCUGUCAGCGAGUUCCCCCCAAACUGAGGGGGUGAAACGUGCUCACACAGCCUUGUCUGCAGGGUCUGUGAGGGGGGGUUCCUGAUUCUUGGAUCACUGUGCUAUCCCAGAGCUGGGUGGGAUGUGGGACCACAGAAUGUGAGACACAGAGUGACCUGAGCAUUGCUACUCCAUCUGCAGUGCAGGAAUUUGGAGCAGGACUUGUGGGUGGGUGGGCCAAAGCCAUGAAGCUCUUUGCAGGUGUCCCAUCAUCAGCUUGCAGUCUGAGUCUGCAGCUUUAAAGCAGAGCUGUUGCAGUGAGAGUGGCCAUGGACAUGAAAGAUCCCUAAAGCACACAAGUUGUGGGUGUUAAAGCCUAUGGGUGCUUAAGCAGAUUAGCAAACAAACAAAUCCUUUAAUAUUCUGGAAUGCUUCCUCACCACCUAAGUAGGGAUUAUUUCACCAAGCCAGCAAAUUCUAUCCUUCUACCUAGUGUAAAGUCUGCCUUUCAGAUAACUGUGCUUUUGGGUCUUAAAAAAAAAGGAAAAUCUGAAAGUAUAUUGAAAAUGUCUGCGUGGAUUUCAAGAAAACCACAGAAAUGGUAAAGGGAGCUGUUAAAAAUGUUCAAGACUCUGUGAAAACUGAGGUUGUUGCAGUGCUGGCAGUAGCAUAUGUAGGAUGCUACACUGCAAUGGUUCCUACAAUUUUAUCUUUAAUGCUUGUUUUACAAAACUCACUACCACUUUAUGUACAAAUACGUGACACAAUUCACCCACCACUUUCUCCUUAGUCCUGUGAAAAUCUUGCUUAAACUGUCAGCUUUCUAUCUGAAACAUGCAGAAACAACCGGUUGCCUCGGUCUGAUUCCACUUCCAGGCUUUCAUCAUCUGCGAUUUUGGUAAAAAGCUGCUUUUGUUAAUGUGUAAUGCCUCAUAGUAACCGGUUACACUUUUACUACAAAGGGGUGUUUUAUUUUCCCGAGGGAUGAAUAGUAAUCAAGGAUCAGCUGGUAGUGCCAAGUGCCCUGAUAACACAAUUGGCUGCAUACAGCUUUGUUAGGCCCCUUCCUGCACUGGCUGGCUGGGGAGACUUCACAGAAGAUGUUGGGAGAGCUGUUCUUUACUUUCUUGGCUGUUGCAGAGCUGGAUUUUGGGAUCACUUUGUCAGCUGGGUGAGGAGGUAAGCGCCGGCUCCGAACACAUGAAGCCCUUACUGAUUAAAAACAGCAAGGGCAGGGUGGGCAAGGGGAUAGAUGGAGAAAACGUUUGAAAUUAAACAUGUAAAUUAGAAGGAUUACCCUGGAAUUAAUCACUGACUGAUUUUCUAGAAAGGUGGGGUGGGUUGGAAGGAGACAGAAAGUGGGAAUAUCKAUUCUAAUCAGAGUAGGGGCUGAUGUGUGUUAUUUUGAUGCUGAUUUAGGUGAGCUGAAGAAGGGCUGCAGUCACCCUGGCCCUGUAGUAGGAAGUGUCUCCYUGCUAAGCACAAAGUGGAGUCUGGCUUUGAUCUGAUUAACCCCAUCAGCACUGGAGUAGCAGGUGUGUUUCUGGAGCUUGACUCUUGCAGACACUUGAGGUGCAUACAAAGUGGCAGAGAUUACUUCAGAACAAAG